AUGAAAGCUUUGACUCCCAAAGAGAUGUACGGACUGCGGAGCACGAAGAGGGUCCCAAAACCCAUGAUGGAGAAACGCAGACGGGAGCGGAUCAACCAAAGUCUGGAGACACUUCGUCUUCUGAUGCUGGACAACACCCACAACGAGAAACUGAAAAAUCCAAAAGUGGAGAAGGCAGAGAUCCUGGAGAGUGUGGUCAAGUUCCUGGAGACAGGGAAGGAAGAGGACGAGAAGAGUCCCCGGUCCACGUCCGGGGGGCAGAGGCCGGAUGUCGCCCGCCAGCACAGCUUCCAUGACGGCAUGAGGUCGUGUCUGCUGCGGGUCAGCCACUUCAUAGCCAACAAGAGCAAAGAGCUGGAUGGCACCGAGGAGCAUCCCGCUCCGGCUUCGCUCGCGCUUCCCGAGCCCCAGACGUACCCGCCAACAUCUCCCGGACACACGGCACAGGGCGCGGUGUCUCCUCAGCACCACGAGGCCCACAACCACCAGCACCACCACUGCCAGAGCGGGAUCUCGCACCACCCGCACCUCACCCAGAGGGAUGGCCUCCACGGGGACACCAGGGAGCUGCUCUCCUCCACCGCAGCCUGCACGCACGUCACCGACCCCGUGUGGAGGCCCUGGCCUCAGUGA